GGAAAAAUAAAAUAUCUAUGAAGAUGAGCCCCGUGCAACGUACAUUGAAUAUAAUCUGACUUUACUAAUUUAAUAAAUUAAAGUUUUCUCUUAAUAAACAUUUUACCAAUUCAUCAUGUUCUUACGAACACCACUAUUUGUUAGUUGUAGAAUAUCGACAAAAUCAAAUGUUAUCAUUCAAAAAGAAAUAUAUCAUAGAUCGUUACACAUAGCUUCUCGAAAAUUAAUGAGAAAUUUCACGAUCCAAACAGAUCAAAAUCAUCGAGUAUGUGCUCCUAUUGUCAAUGUCAAUGCGGCAUUUAGUAGACACAUGAGUAAUGCGAAUUCAAAAAAUGAUAAUGAAUUACCAAACAAUCCAUUGGAAGAUCAUGUUUCUCCAACUCUGGAUGUAGAAUUGGAAAAUGUCAUAUUAGAUGUACCUAAGCCACCGAUACCACUUGAGUCAGAAAUAGUAGGAGAUAUUUUGGGAGAACCUACGUUUCACAGUAUAGGUCUUGGUAGUUGGUAUCCUGCCGGUAUAAUUCAACAGUUUCUUGAAAUUCUUCAUAUAAAAGCUCACAUACCUUGGUGGGCAACGAUAGUUGCAACCACUGUGUGCGUUAGAUUACUAAUGUUUCCAUUAACUGUAAAGAUGCAAAGAUAUUCUGCAAAAAUGCACAAUAUACAACCACAAGUACAAUAUUUACAACAACAAUUGACUGAAGCACGUAAAAUGGGUGAUCAGUUGCAAGCUUGUAGAUUAGCUUAUGAAUUACGAGACCUAAUGAAUGAAAAGGGUACUAAUCCUAUUAAAAAUAUGUUAUUACCAUUUAUUCAGGCUCCAGUUUUUUUAUCAUUUUAUUGGGCACUACGUGGUAUGGUUCAAGUGCCUGUCGAAAGUAUGAAGUAUGGAGGUCUGUCGUGGUUUGAAAAUUUAACUGUUCCAGAUAAAUAUUAUUUAUUGCCAUUGUUUACAAGUGCUACUUUAGCAUUAACUAUUGAAAUGGGUACAGAUAGCUUGAGAAUUCAGAAUAUGGGUAUGGUAAAAUACAUGUUGCGGGCCAUGCCUUUUGUUAUGUUCCCCUUUAUUAUCAAUUUUGAAGGAGCAGUACUUUGUUAUUGGCUUUCAACCAAUGUAUGUUCACUCGUUCAAGUCAAUAUCCUUCGAAUACCAGUUGUACGAGAGUAUUUCGAAAUUCCAAAAUUAAUAGUACACGAUUCAAAGAAAUUAAUUAUGUCAAAUAAGAACUUUACUCAAGGAUUUAGAGAUUCAUGGAUGAAUAUAAAAAUGGCUCGAGAAUUAAAUACUCGUCAAAUUUACGACGAAAUUGUUUUUGAAAAAGCUGGCAGAGGACCUGUACCCAAAACAUAUAAAAUAAAUCCCAUAAAAUCUGAACACAGAGAUAUCAUACUUUCAAAGAAAAGGGACUAAUAUGAAAGUUUUUUAACAUUUUAUUAGAAAUUAAUUUAGAAUUAUUAUAAAACAAAUAAAUAUAAUUAUAUAUA